AUGUAUUCAAAUGUUGGCAAUUUUACACCUGAAGAUUUGGCAAGCGAUACAAGCCUAAUUUCAACAGAAGACGAAUUUGUUUGUGUAAUACGACCAAAAAUGAAGGAAAUUGGGACAAUGACUGAUAAAAUGGAUAUUCCUAAAGUUGAACAGAAUGAAGUUCAUUUUAACUAUCGUCAGUUUGCCAGUGAUCUCAUCGUGUUCUCAAAGAUUAUUUAUGAGUUAAUCAAAGUGUUAUUUGACAAAGCUAAAAUUGGAGCGGUCAUUGCAAUGGAUUGGAUUUUCAAUCACAGCUCGUUCGUUCUCAGUUGUUUUAUGUUAAUUAAUGGUAUUGCUCUAUUCUAUUUUAAUUGCUUCCCUAAUUUUAAUUCUUUACCCGAAUUCAACAAAGCCACAAUUGCUUCAAUCCACAACAAAUUAAAUUUAUUUUUUAUGAUUUUAUUAUUUCUUCUGGUCUUUCUACUUAUUGGAUAUUUGCUAUGGCAGAAUAUUUCAAUAAUUAUUUUUAAUGAUCGUCUCAGUGGGAAAGCCUUUUUCGUACUUGUUGUUUUAAUUUGUUAUGUUGUCACUUUUUGGAUUUAUUUUGAUGUUUUAAAUUCAGUUUUGAUGAAUUAUUUUAAAAAGAAUGAAGAAAUGAAAAAUGAGAAGGAGAAGUUUUUUAGGAACAGAGUUUGCUAUAAUGGUGGAAGUGAUUGCCAUUAUGUUUAA